GCCCAAGGAAUUUGAUGAAUUGCAAUCUUAACCCUUUACGGAAAAAGGUGGUGUGUAUAAAAGUGGAGUCAAUUCAAUGCCCUAAUUCACUUGUUGUUUGACAUCAUCAAAAGAACAGUAUCAAAACAAAAUCUCAAAAUCGAAAUGAUGAAAAUUAUCGUUGUUGUUCUCGCUGGGCUUUGUGCCGUUGCUUACGCUGGUGGGGGUCACUACGCUGUGGAUUACGGAUUCCAUGCUGGAGGUCAUGGGGGUCAUGGUGGAUAUGGUCAUGGGCACGGUCAUCACGGCCACGCCAAGGUUAUGGCACAUCAAAACAACCAUCACUAUAAAUUCGGAGUCACCGAACACGGACAUGGGGGUCAAAGACAUCAUUGGCAAACAGCUGAUACUUCCUACGGGGGGCACGGGCACGGUGGCCACGGGGGACCAUACGGAUACUGAUAAGCUUGAAAACUUGACUGCGAAAAAUUAAUUAUAUAAAUCAAUAAUAUUAUUGCGAUUUAAACGCCACUCGAGUGAAAUAAAAUGUUCUAAUUGAAAUCAAAUGAUUAA